CUGCCGGCCCUGACCCAGCGCCUCUGCCCGCCGCAGGGCUUCGAGCCCAGCGAGGAGCUGCGCCUCGGCCUCGUCCAGCUGCUGAGCCUCCUGCUGCAGCGCUGCGGGGCCUCCGUGUCCCCCUACCUCACCGAUGUUAUCCGCAUCCUCCAGGCCACCCUCCUCGACCACUAUGCCGAGGUCAGGCGUGAGAGUUGCAGGUGCGCCGUGGCCUGCGCCCAGGCCAUGCCAGAGCACUUCCAUAUGCAGUCAGAAUCUCUGAUAAAACCCUUAAUGCAAACAAUUUCACACCAGCACUACAGAGUUCGUGUUGAUGUAAUUCAGGCUACUGGAGCAGUGAUACAGUUUGGAAAUGGAAAGUCUGUGGAUGACGUUCUGUCUCAUCUGGCGCAGAGAUUAUUUGAUGAGAUUCCGAAGGUUCGGCACGCUGUAACAACUGUCAUUGGAGAAUGGUUGUUGUACCUACGAGAUAGAUAUUCGUAUUUUCACAAGUUGAUCCCUUUGUUACUUGGCAGCUUUACUGAUGAAAUUCCUGAAAAUACGAAACUGGCUUGGACUUAUUGGGAAAAGAUAGGCUUGCAGUGGGAGAAAGAGAAUGAAGAAGACCUGAAGGAUAAGAUGGAUUUUAGUGUUUCGCCAUCACGUUAUCCCAAAGGAGUGACUCGACCAGGACUAGGUUGUCGGGAACUUGUGUCAAGAAACCUCUCCAAAAUCCUUCCAGGUCUCUGUCAUGAUAUAACGGACUGGGUUGAAAGCACAAGAAUAAAAGCAUCCCAGCUUCUGUAUACAUUAUUGCUACAUGCAGAGGAUCACAUAACACAACACAUGGAGCUACUGCUUAGAACUUUGUACCAAGCAUGCUUGGAUGAAGAAAGUGAUGUGGUUAAAAAUUGUGUGAAAGCAGCAGAAUUGAUUGGAACAUUUGUCAGCCCUAAGGUGUCGUUGAGAUUAAUCACAUCAGCCUUUCGAAAGACACCUAAGCCAUCUUGUAUAAUGGUUCUAACUGCAGUGAUUCGAGGUAGCCCAAAAGAAAUCUUACAGCCUCACUUGACCGAUCUUGGCAACACACUGUCACAAGCUGGAGUUUGUCAGCGAUCUGAAGAGGUCUUCUAUAUGGAACAGUUGCUUUAUUGUGUACAAGCAUUGAUUGAAGUAUGCCAGGAAGACUGCAAAGAAAUUAGCUUGCAGCUAAUGAAAGUUUUGGUGACAAUAAUGGCAAUACCGUGUUCUCAGCACCUCAAAGAAAAGGUACAGGAAACAAUGUCUUCAUUAGCUGAAGUGCAGCAAUUGGAGAGUUUUCUUUAUCUCUACAAACAGCAUAUAAUUCAGCUUAUGGAAUGGGUUUCAGUAUCAUGUGAUUGUUGGACAUGCUAUUCUCCAGAAAUAUUACAGUUGGAUGUCAUCGCAACUCAUUCAGGUCCUGUCAUAGGUGAAGCUCUGAAUGACUUUAUUCUUAUUCUUAAGACGUGUCUUCAGCCAAACAAAGAUCCCCAGAUGCGGUUAAAACUUUUCACUGUUCUAUCACAGUUGCUCCAGAAAGCAAGUGAAACCAUCAAUUCUCAGGGGCUGUUCCCUAGCUACCUUGAGACUGUCAUAAAAGACAUACUGGCUCCUAAUCUGCAGUGGCAUGCUGGAAGAACAGCAGCUGCCAUCCGCACUACAGCUGUAUCAUGCCUUUGGGCUCUUAUUCACUGUGAAAUGCUUUCACCAAAAGAGAUUUUAAAAGUCAAAGAUGGGCUAAUGCCCCAAAUUAUUGCCGCCAUGGACGAAGACUCUAAAAUUACUCGACUGAUGGCUUGUCGUAUUGUUGGUGUUUUUUUAAAAGUCUGUGGGAGGCAGUUUGAUGAAGAUAAAUUUACCAACACUUACACAGAAGUUUUAAAGCGUCUGGACGAUGCUUCAUGUGAUGUACGACUGGCAGCUGCUCACACCUUAACUAAUUGGUUUAAAUCCUUGAAGGACAGUGAUGUGAAAUCUGCAAUGGAAAGUCAUAUUGAGUUUCUGUACCAAGAACUGUUGAUACAUCUCGAUGACCCAGAUCAAAAUACCCAAAAUGCAAUCCUAGAAGUUUUAAAAGAAGGAAGCGUUUUAUAUCCAGAACUGCUCGUGAGAGAAAUUGAAGGGGUUGUACAUAAGCAUCAAACGCCAGUCUAUUGUAAUCAACUACUACAUCACAUUCAGUCAGCCAAAGAAUCAGCUUUAUGAAUCAAUGCUGAAAUUCUUUGUAGUGAACUGUAUGUGAAAUCUGUAUGAUCUGGAUUACUUUCAUAUUUUCAUUUGCUUAAGAAAGGCUGAGCAAUAAGUAGAUUGUUUUUUCUUUGUAAGUUCACUAUUAGCUCAUUUAAAAGUCCGAUUGGCACAAUUCUAUGUUCUUUGCCGUUUGAAUAGUUCAUUGUAUUUACUAGCAAUAAAACAAUGUUUUAAUUGACUUUGCAUUGGAAGUUUUUCAGAU